AUGGUUAUUAAGCUAGUUGUUGGAGGUUUUACUUUGAACAUAAUCAGUGCGUACGCACCCCAAGCAGGCAUGGAUGAGGAAGUCAAGAGGCAUUUCUGGGAGGAUUUGGAUGAGAUGGUGCGUGGUAUCCCGCAUACCGAGAAGCUUUUCAUAGGAGGCGAUUUCAACGGCCACAUUGGAACGACGUCUAGAGGAUAUGAUGAUGUGCAUGGUGGCUUUGGUUUUGGAGAUAGAAACGGAGGAGGAACGUAUCUACUAGACUUUGCUAGAGCAUUUGAUUUGAUGAUAGCAAACUCGAGUUUCCCGAAGAAGAGGGAGCACUUGGUCACCUUCCGGAGUUCGGUGGGCGAGACUCAGAUUGAUUAUUUACUCUGCAAGAAGUCUGAUAGAGGUCUUUGCACGGAUUGCAAGGUCAUCUCGAGUGAGAACCUCUCAACCCUUCAUAGGCUCCUGGUCAUGGACCAUGAGAUCAUGAGGAAGAGGAGGAAGAGGACGAUGUAUAGCCAACAUAGGAUCAAUUGGGGAGCCUAG